GUGAACAUGUAACCGUCGUCGAUGCUGCACUGUAUACCUUGAGUUCCGUACGACGUAUCCGUGCAAACGUUGGAUAACCCAUCCGGCACCAUCCUGUUUAUUUAUCACUUACAUAGCAGCAUUAUGGUGUUCCGGAUUGGCCGCCUGACGCCGCGGCGUCUGCUAUUCUUCACAUCGGCAGGCGUCCUCUUUUUUAUUUUUAUCUUCAGCCUGACUCCAAUUACAUCGCCGCUGCCGCCAUAUACUGGACCGCACGAGGUCGGCAUACUAGAUGUGGAGACGGAGGUCGAGAACAAAGUCAUUCAUGACGCGGUAUUGAAGAGCACCGGAGAGAAGGCUUUCGAAAUGAAUACACUGGCCAUCACACUAUACUAUCCAUCGUCACUACCACUUGCAUCGCCGAGUCAGCGACCUUGGGCGCGGCCAUGGCUUCCUCAGCCCGUAUCGCUUAUUGGCGAGGGCUACGCCCGCCUUGCGGGCGUCCCGCGACUAUCCUCCCUCUUUACCUUCGGCCUCUGGCUUCUCGGCUCAAGCACCGUCAUUCCAGGUGUCGUGGACGCACCUAUACUAUCUGGCGCUGAGAAGAUAUUGGGAGAAGAUGGCGGUGCUGGUGGCUUGGGCAAAAUCAUGGGCACAGCGGAGCAGGAACGUCAGGAGUUGAAGCGGGACGAUAACAUUGGCACACUUCCCUGUAUGGUAUUCACGCAUGGUAUGGCGGGAAUGAGCCAGAGUUAUGCACACUACCUCGGAAGCAUUGCGAGCCACGGCUACGUUGUCGCCGCUGUUGAACAUCGAGACGGAAGUGGACCGGGUACCAUCAUCCAUCAUGCGAACGGGACUGAAAGGAAGGUGUGGCAUUUGAAACUCGAGGAUCUUACGGCCAAACCUCCAAUGGACGAACUUGAUCUCAAAGCCGCCCAACUCAACUUUCGCGAGGCAGAGAUCAGCGAGACGAUUAAGCUUUUUGCGCAACUCAACGCAGGUGACGCCCCAGUUGUCAACCUCAAGCCCGACUCUCCUCGAAACGCUCUACCCGGUUUCAAGAACCGGCUCAACCUGUCUGCAGUCACAGUUGGAGGUCACUCGUACGGUGCAACCGGGGUUAUGCAAGCGCUCAAGUCUGCUGGGACUAAAACCAUGCCCAUCAAUGGCGGUGUUGCGCUAGAUCCCGGAAAGGGAUCCGGAGACCUUAACAAGGACAUCGACGUGCCUAUACUCGUUAUGCAGAGCGGAGAAUGGACGGACAAGCAAACCGACUUUUACGGCCAAGGCUGGCACUUCCAGGUUGUGAAGAAGAUUGUGCAGGACUUGAAGGAGGGCUGGUUCAUGACAUUGAGUGGCACUGCGCAUCCAUCGUGUACUGAUGCGCCACUCAUUGUUCCGUGGAUCAUGAAGCUAGUUACUGGAACGACGCUUGGAAGUAGGGUUGCACUGCACGAGUAUAUCGACACUUCCCUUCGCUUUCUGGAGUACUUGCAAACGGGCGAGAAGAAAGGCGUUCUAGAGAAUGAAGUGACGAAUGCUCAGGGGCCAUUCUUACACGACAAGCCGCGGGAGAGGGUUAAAGGCCCACAUGGUGCUGAUUGGGAGGUGCAUGUUGUACCCCAAGAUAAAUAGACGGAGAUGAUGUUUCAAGGAGUAAUGUAAGACGCAAUAUAAUAGAAUGACGUAUGGGGAGAA